AUGUCCGAUCCGGUGGGGACCGUCGAAAACGAGGCUCAAGUUUGGCCAACUCAAGUGGUAAGCGUAUAAUAUCGAUUAGGACCGUUGAACGUCUACCCAUUUCACGUGUUACAGAUAAACAUUAAUAUUCCGGCCAGUACGCACCAUCAACAGGUAGGGACCAGCUUUUUGGCUGAAAAUUGAGUGGAACUUGAUAAGUUUUCAGUUUUUUCAGAUCCACAUCAACAUUCCGGCCAUUUCGGACUAUCAACCGGUAAGGACCACAUCAUAACUCACCCUAAUCAUCGUCUCAAUCAGAUCCCGGGACCCGAUCCCGAUUUCGCCGCAAAGCUCUGCUCUUCCGAUGCCCAACAGGCCUAUCAGUUGCUCACCGAGCAAGCGGGACCGUCGCCCACGUUCUCGGAUCUCUACAGACUGCUCGGAUGGUCCGAGGCGGAGGGAAAUGCGCUGAAACAGAAGUUGGAGGCGGGCGAGGAGGUGGAGAGGGCGAGGAAGGAGGCCGCCGAGCUGAGGGCCAAGAUCGACGAGGCGGCCACGUGCAGCAUCUGCGCAGUCCCCUACAAAACCGAAGGGGACCGGGUGCCACGGGUUCUUUGUGAGUUUGAACGGACCAAAUUGAUAGUAGCACAACUCCUAUUGGUCCAGCCUUGGAUCGAAGCAUCUCGGGACCAAGUUUCAAAUCAUCUGGCCCAUACCGGUUUGAAAUCAAAAAGACCAGAUGAUCCGAUCGAUGUGAAACUUGGUGCUUCGAUCCAAGUGCUUCGGAACCGAUAGGAUAAUGUCAAACGUGGUCCGAUUUGCAGCAUGCGGCCACACGUACUGCUCCGGAUGCAUCGACAAAAUGACGGUCCGCUUCAGCUUCCUGAUCCCGCUGUUCCAGUGCCCCAACGAUAGAAUCGUGACGACCGGUCCGUCGUCGGUCAUUCCGAAGAACUUUUCGCUUCUCUCCAACUUUUGUAAAUAG